AUGACUUGCGCCGUACCAAUUAGAGGCCGCGAUCUCAAAUCGCAAAUCAACGCCUCCACACAGCUAAUUAGCACCCUCGAGAGUUUCAGAAGGGGUGACGUUAAAGCCAUUGAAAAAUCUCGAGUGAUGCCUUUGAUCUUGACUCGAGUCCACUUUGGUUUCAAAGCGACGCUGUUUGCAAACCGAUUGGUGCCGACCGACACCUUUCUGAAUAUUACUUGGGUAGAAAAAUGUCUAAGGAGUGAAAUUGUGCUCAAAUCUUACGCAUCUUUCCGUCCAUAUCAGCAACUCGACAUGAUUUGCACGGGCGAGCGUGACGGUUUCGAACCCGGACUAACGCCUGUCGAGGCGAAAAUCAUAGGCGGCGGAUCGAUGCGCCGUGCCGCCCCCAGGCAUUUCGACCGCUAUGGAUUCCAUACAACGAGCUCUGCGGAGCUUUGCGCGGACAUCAAG